GCCAGGUUGUGGAGAGCUGCAGCAUACCCCAGCAUCCCUGCCCAUGGUGAAAGCAUCUUCUCCACGCAGCCCAGUCUGUGAGCAGCUCAAGCACCCUGCUCCCUGCUCAGCCCUGAGGAAGGUCUAUUAACAGCUCAGUCCAUGUCUCCAGGAUCCACCAGCUGCUGAAUUGUUUGUUUCCUCAAACUUGCCUGAAGUGGGAUAACGCUUUAAUUGUCCCGAGCUAAAGAUGCGGAGUAACAUGAUGCUUGCUCUCCUCCUUUUUAUUCAUUGCUUCCUUGUGGAGGGUAUGGUGACUUCAGGAUUUUCUGCAGAUGUUCCCAGUUUAAGCACCGAGACAGAUAAUCUGGUAAUAGCAGUGAAUGAUACUUUAAAUAUCACCUGCAGGGGUGAACAGCCUUUGGUGUGGUUAUGGCCGACAAAUCUUAGCAUCGCGGAUGAAAGGGUGUCAGUGAGUCAGUGUAAGGAAAGUGUCUAUUGUCAGACCCUUACACUGUCUAAUGUUGCAACAAAUGAUACUGGGAUUUACAAAUGCUUUUAUGAAGACAGCAAUGUUACGUCAAGCGUCCAUGUAUAUGUUCUGGAUAAAAGGUCUCCCUUCCUGUCGUCUGAUCAACUCACUGCUGUGUAUAUUUCUGAAAAUAAAAUGGCAACAAUACCGUGCCUGGCUUCAAGACCCGACCUUAAUGUCACACUUCAUGCGAAAUAUUCAGAUGCCGUUUUUCAUCCAGACGGAGACAGCAUGUACUGGGAUUAUAGAAAGGGAUUUACGAUUUUAAGUGAAUUAAUAAAGUCGGCAAGCCUUGUCUUCUGUGAAACUAAACUAAAUGGAGAAGUGUACAUAUCUCCAGAUUAUUUAGUUUUAGUUAUAGGGUUCAAAAUUGACAGCGUCACAAUGAGUCCACACCCUGUAGUGAAACUGGCUGUUGGAGAGACUCUACUCCUUACGUGUACAGCACGCACUCCACUUAAUACUAGAGUUAACUUUAAAUGGGGCUAUCCUGCAACUGUGGAAGAUGUACAAGAGAGGAACGGUAAAAGAAAGGAAGUUCAAGGACGUCUGGAGCAUCCAGGACAUUUGGUUAUAAAUUAUGUUACUAUGAAAGAUGAAGGAGUUUACAACUGCACAGUAUACACAGGCUCUACAGUCCAGGAGACCAUAAGCACUAGAGUCAUAGUGUACGAAAAUCCAUUUGUACACAUUGAUGACAAAAUGCCUCCUGUGGUUGUCACUAAAGUUGGUCGACAUGUCAGAGUUCCUGUACAGUUUAAGUCUUAUCCAGCUCCUGAAAUAAAAUGGUUUAAAAAUGGAAACUCUGUGCAUCCAAAGUAUGUGGCUAAGGGUGGCCACUUGCUGUCCAUUGCAGAUGUCAGUGAAAAGGAUGCUGGUAACUACACUGUUGUCCUUACCAACCCUGAUACAAGACAACAUAAGAGUCAUACCUUUCGACUGGAUGUUCAUGUGCCACCACAUAUCGGAGAGAAAUCGGUGUCAGCACCAGUGGAACCUUACAAAUUUGGCAAACCUUAUGUUUUAACAUGCACGGCUUCAGGAAUUCCAGCCCCUGUCAGCAUUCAGUGGGUUUGGCAGCUAGAAGAGGAAUGUUCUUUCUCCUUUGAAAAAUCUGACUCAGGAAGCAGCCAGUAUACCUGUGCAGAGUGGAGGGACAUUUCUGACAAAAAUGGCGGAAAUUUGAUUGUAGCAAACGAAACACAUACUGAUGUGAUAGAAGGAAAAGUAAAGACUGUUAGUAAGCUGGUUAUUAAGGCAGCCAAUAUACCUGCUGUGUACAAGUGUUCUGCCAGAAAUGAGGCAGGAGAAGAUCAUCGAGUGAUAUCUUUCCAUGUUACAAGGGGCCUUGACACAACCAGGCUGCCUCAAGGCCAUCUUGUUCAGCAGGACAAUGUCACGCUGAGAUGCUUCGCUGACAAACUGACUUAUGAGAACCUAACAUGGUACAAGUUGAGUCCAAAGAUGGCAGAGAAACAUAUCAGAUACUGGCCAAUGCCAUUGUGCAGAAAUCUGAAUGCCCUCUGGAAGAUAACUGGCACAGUUAUCAGUACCACUGGAGAGAAUGCCACUGCUGAACUCAUUAUCCCUAACAUCAGUUUUAAGGAUCAAGGAAACUAUGUUUGUGUAGCUCAAGACAAAAAGACACAAAAGAUAUACUGUUCCAUCAUGCCUAUAAUAAUUCAAGCUCUGAAAGCACCUGGUAUUAAUCCUCAACUCGAGAAUCAAACUAUGAAUGUCAGUCAAACCGUGGAAGUUAAAUGUCAAGCUUCAGGGAUUCCUGAGCCCCAAAUAACCUGGUUUAAAAAUGGCGACUCCCUUGUAGGAGACUCAGGUAUUAUUUUAAAAGACAAGAAUAGUACUCUCACUAUACAACGGGUCAGAAAGCAAGAUGAAGGCUUCUAUGCUUGUCGUGCCUGCAACUUUCUUGGAUGUGAUAAGGCUGAAAUGUACUUUACAGUAAAUGAUACAGAAGAGAAAACCAAUCUAGAGCUCAUUAUUCUAGUUGGCACCGGAGUGAUUGCCCUGUUCUUUUGGUUGCUUCUCGUAAUCAUUCUUCGGACCGUGAAGAGGCCCAGUGAAGAAGAACUCAAGAGUAACUACUUGUCGAUCAUUAUGGAUCCCAGUGAAGUCCCACUAGAUGAGCAGUGUGAACGACUGUUAUAUGAUGCCAGUAAAUGGGAAUUUCCAAGAGAUCGCCUCAAAUUGGGGAAACCCCUCGGUCGUGGGGCAUUUGGGCAAGUCCUUGAAGCUGAUGCUUUUGGCAUUGAUACAUCUGGCUCUUGCAAAACGGUAGCGGUUAAAAUGCUGAAAGAAGGAGCAACCAACAGUGAGUACAAGGCAUUAAUGUCUGAACUGAAAAUUCUCAGUCAUAUAGGUCACCAUCUCAAUGUUGUCAACCUGCUUGGAGCCUGCACAAAGCCUGGAGGUCCAUUGAUGGUGAUUGUAGAGUACUGUAGAUUUGGGAAUCUCUCUGCGUAUUUAAGAAGUAAAAGGAAAGAAUUUCUCCCAUACAAGACCCGGCCUACGAGGUGCAGAUCAAUCAAACAACAUUAUGUAGAGCUACCUGGUGACCUCAAGCGUCGCUUAGACAGCAUUGCGAGUAGUCAAAGCUCAGCGAGUUCUGGUUUUGUAGAAGAAAAAUCACUAAGUGACGUGGAAGAGGAAGAAGUGGAAGACGCUUGCAAGAACACCCUCAGCUUAGAGGAUCUGAUCUCUUACAGUUUCCAGGUGGCCAGAGGAAUGGAGUACAUGGCUUCGCGCAAAUGUAUCCACCGAGAUUUGGCGGCUCGCAAUAUAUUAUUGGCUGAUAACAACGUGGUCAAAAUCUGUGACUUUGGUUUGGCACGUGAUAUCUAUAAAGAUCCAGAUUAUGUCCGGAAAGGAGAUGCACGACUUCCCCUUAAAUGGAUGGCCCCAGAAACUAUCUUCGAUAGAGUAUACACAACACAGAGUGAUGUGUGGUCUUUUGGAGUACUGCUCUGGGAAAUAUUUUCAUUAGGAGCAUCCCCAUAUCCAGGAGUACAGAUCGAUGAAGUAUUUUGCAGACGACUUAAAGAAGGAACUAGAAUGAGAGCACCAGAUUAUGCUACAACAGAAAUAUAUCAAACGAUGUUAGACUGUUGGCACGGUAACCCUCUGGAAAGACCCAACUUUUCCGAACUAGUUGAGCACUUGGGAAAUGUGUUGCAAGUCAGUGUACAACAGCAUGGGAAAGAUUACAUUCCUAUCACAGACUCAUUGAACAUUGAAGAGGAUUCUGGCCUCUCCAUGCCGACUUCACCUGUUUCCUGUACAGAGGAAGAGGAAAUAUCUAACGCAAAAUUCCAUCGUGACAGCGCACUUGGAAUACGGCUGCAACAAAAUGUCAAGAGAAAAAGCCGCCCAGUCAGUGUCAAAACUUUUGAAGAUGUUCCCGUUGAACCUGCGGCCAAGACCAUUCAUGAUACAGACAGCGGAAUGGUCCUAGCAUCAGAAGAACUGAAAAUAUUGGGAAAUGAUCAAGCCCAGUUCUUCAGUAUAUUGGUGUCUAGUAAAAGCAAGGAGUCUGUUACAUCUGGAUCUUCAAACCAAACUAGUGAUUAUCAGUCAGGAUACCAGUCAGGAUAUUCAGAUGACACUGAGAUUGUUUCAGAUUCCAAUGAAAAAACACAACUUCUACGGAGAGAUUUAUCACUUGACACUUGCUGUACAGAAAGAAAUCAAUAUCAAGUCAUGAUCAAGUUAAACACAGCUGUCUAGACAGUUUGGAACUAUAUGAUCUUCAACUAUAGACUAUGAUAAGGAAUUGGAUGAGAGGGGAGUCUAGAAUUGGAUGAGAAUUCCUGGGAUGGAUGAGAAUGGAGUCUAGAAUCCUGGGAUACAUCAAGUGUGCACUCUUUCCUUCAUAUAUGAAAGUGUGCAGGAAGGACUAUGGACAGCUGACGCGCAAUGAGGGUUUCUAAGCUUCAAAAAGAAUUAGUGAAUAAGCAAGAUGUUUAUUUUCAUACUGUUCUUUUAAACAGGGUAUGGAUGUUUCGGGCCAUAUUUCAUAUACUGACACUGCGUGUCUAUUAUUAUGUUUAAAGAAUAUUGAGUAGUUUGCAUUACUGAAAAAAAAUGGGAAACUCGUAAUGUGCCUUGGGAAAUAUGCGCAUGACUUUAUUUGUGUCACCAGCAUUGGCUGACACUGGACUGAAAACUAGUGACAGUCUGUGAAAGGCAAAAUGUGGAUUAAUACGUAUGGACACUGUAAUUUUGUUAAUUAGUUAUCAGCAUCUAUUUAUAUUGUGUCACUGUGGAUCUCAGUAACAGCUGUAGAACCCAAGUUGUUUGUAUAUACUCUAGAUACUAUGCAAAAUUCUGUUU